AUCCAUUGAUGUUGGCAGUAUAUUUUGUGCUUCAGUCGCUUCAGUAUUUAGAGAAGGAGUCCUGAUGAAAGGUGUGGGGUUUAUUUUAAUUCUCAGUUGUUUGUGGAGUUAUUUCCUCUAUGAUGCAAAUGGUCAAAGUUAUCCUGGAAGAAAUAUUACAAGGCUGGAAAGUUUCCUAAAGGAGGAAAAUCUUGAUAAAAAGAACAUAACUAUUUUAGACUUCAGCGAUAAUCUUGUGAUAACGAUUGAAGAUACAACAGUGUUCAUAGAUUUUGCUAGACUGAGUGUUCUAAACUUAAAUAACAAUUUUGGAUUUCAUUUUAAGAAAAAUAGUACGGGGCUAGAAAGUUCAACAGUGAAAAUAUUCAGCUGUGACAAAUGCAACAUAACAGAAAUUCGAAGCAAUACAUUCAGCGAGUUACCAAAACUACAGACGCUGUCGCUCAAAGAAAAUGGCAUGAAUAGCAUAGAGGCUGAUGCUUUUACGAGAAACACUGAACUUGUGGACCUAUCACUCCAAGGCAAUGAAUUUGUUGAAUUACCGGAAAAGUUGGUUGAAAAUCUGAAUCUGAAAUCCCUCUUCUUCGACAAUAACAGCUUGUACAACUUUCCCGAGGCGAAACCCUUUCUAAUUAGCAAAACUUUGGAGGUUUUCACGUGCAGCGCCUGUGGAGUUGCUGUAAUAUACAAGAAGACAUUUACCCAAGUACCACAGCUUCGGGUACUCAAUCUGCAAUGGAAUUUCAUACAUCAUGUCCCUGAUUUAACUUUCACUGCUACACCACAUUUGCAGCAGCUCAAUUUGGAAUUUAACAAUUUAACCAAUGUCCCGCUCGAACCCAUUGAGGAGUCUGCUGAACUUGAAGAAGUCUGCCUCGAUGGGAAUCCAAUUGAAUGGACUGAAGAUUUUCCAGUAUUCAUCGAAUUGUAUCAGAAACGCGAAUUAAGGGGUGAAAAUUGUAAUAAAAAUGAAACAAUCUUCCUGAGUAAUACGGUCAAAUAUUUAACAACUCCUCCAAGCACAACAAAGUCGACCGAAAGUCCGUUGGAAAUUCAGGCAGCUUCUGUGAAUCCAACACUUCUGGACGCCCUGAUUGCUACCUAUUUGCUUGUUUGUAUCAUCCUGGAGGGACUCAUAUUUGCCUUCAUAAGCCUCUACUUGGCAAGGAUUGUCCGCGCAAGUUCCAAAGAAUUUGAUUAUUCAACGACUGUGCUCAAUCCAAGCGAUAUUUAUAAAAUAAAUUAAAUUGUAAAAACUAA